AUGCUCGCGGCCUUGAGUAUCGGCGCCUAUGUCUGCAUCGCAUCCGAAGACGGACGGACCAGUGACCUCGCUGGCGAGGUGCAGCGGCCGCAGGCUAACUGGGCGUUUCUCACCCCGUCAGUCGCGAGCGCUCUUGGUACUGCCAACGUCGUCAUGCUCCAGACCCUGGUGCUAGGGGAAGUGGCCGUGACCGAGGAGGACACCCGCAAGUGGGUGCCGGGCCGGAGUCUUUUCAACAGGUACGGAGUGACCGAGGCGGCGGCCCUCAACGUGAUGCGGCAAUUGAGCGUCAACAGCCACACCUGGCUCACACCGGUGGGAGCGGUCGGCGAGCUGGUUCCGACUUUUCUCCUACCAGUAUACAUACGGCGCUAA